GAGGAGGAAAGGAAGUAACGAAACCCCAUUGCACUCCAACAACAAUAUCAAUAUCACCACCACUUGCGUCGCUCCAUUCUUUCUUCCACUGCUCUCUCCUCUUCUCUGCUCACUCUACAUCACUCAUACUAACGAACCGAACCGGAAACCCCUUUAAACCAACCACCGGUUCAUUUCUGAACCCAAGAAAUGGCCGCUUUGUUACCUUGCGUGCCCAGCUUAGUCUCCGUUCCGUUCGGGAACAACUGGAGCAGAACCCAUCUACCACACCGACCUCACUCCUUCUCCGGUUCGACCAGGCACUUCCUUCGCGGUUCGCUCUCCGUAGCCCGGUUCGGUCUCAAACCCGGUUUCUUGCCCGACCCGGACGCCGCCGCCGCAGCCGAAGGCGUUAUCAGAGAGCUGUUCACCCGAGCGGAGGGUUUUCUUUACACGGUUGCCGAUGCCGCCGUUUCUUCUUCCGACACGGCGGCCACCACCACCACCACCGCCUCUGUCAAACAGAACAACGAUUGGUUCUCUGGAAUCGCCAAUUACAUGGAAACCGUUCUCAAGAUACUCAAGGAUGGACUUUCUUCUGUACAUGUGCCAUAUGCUUAUGGUUUUGCAAUUAUACUUCUCACGGUUCUCGUAAAAGCUGCCACAUUUCCAUUGACAAAAAAACAGGUUGAAUCUGCCAUGGCUAUGCGAACUUUGCAACCACAAAUAAAAGCUAUCCAGCAACGGUAUGCUGGUGAUCAGGAGAGAAUUCAACUUGAAACGGCUCGGUUGUAUAAAUUAGCAAACAUUAAUCCUCUAGCAGGAUGCCUCCCCACACUCGCAACUAUACCAGUGUGGAUCGGGCUAUAUCGAGCACUUUCAAAUGUGGCAGAUGAGGGACUGCUUAAUGAAGGCUUCUUCUGGAUACCUUCUCUUGCUGGUCCAACUACAAUUGCAGCUCGUCAAAAUGGCGGUGGUAUCUCUUGGCUUUUUCCUUUUGUGGAUGGUCACCCUCCCCUCGGAUGGUCAGAUACAUUGGCUUACCUUGUAUUGCCGGUCUUGCUGGUUUUCUCUCAGUACAUCUCUGUCCAAAUAAUGCAAUCAUCACAGGCUAAUGAUCCCAACAUGAAGACUUCUCAAGCCUUAACCAAUUUCCUUCCAUUAAUGAUUGGUUAUUUUGCUCUCUCAGUUCCUUCUGGUCUCAGCCUUUACUGGUUAACAAACAAUAUACUGAGUACUGCACAACAAGUAUUUCUUCAAAAGUCAGGAGGUGCAAAAAACCCUGUGAGUCCGGUACAAGAUGAUAUCAUGAAGGAUAACCUGACGCAGAUUCCGAAGCCAUUAUCUAAACUCAGCUCCACAAAAGUGGAAGACGCCACUCAAGCCAGGCAAGGUGAGAAAUCGACAUCAGAGGGGCCUCAACGUGGUGAGAAGUUUAGGCAAAUAAUGGAGCAAGAGGCAAGGAGAAAAAAGCAGAGAGAAGAAGAAAAAAGGAAAGCCGAGGAAGCAGCAGCUAAAGCAACACAUGAUAAAACAAUAGAAGGGGGAAAUCAAACCGAAGGUGAUUUAGUUGUUGAAAAAUCUCAGUCUGUGGCUGCUGAUACUGAUCUACCCAUAUCUGGAAUAGUAAACGGUAACCAAUCAAGUAAAGAUUUGGAAGGAAAUCAGAAUUCCACAUCUACAUCUGAGACAGAAAACGACCAAGUUUCUGCUCAUUCCAAAGUUGGAAUAAAUGACAAAAGUCUAGACCAGGAACCAAGAGAAGUAUUAACAACCACAGCCACCACAAAAAAGCAACCUCCACGAGAAGACCAAGAUCAUGUGGCAAAGGAUUGAGGAGUUAUAUAUUCAGCUGCUUGCAGAUUGACUAGCCCCUAGUUGCCAUCGAUAGGCUAUAUUAGCAAUGGAUCCUCCCUUUCAAAUUGAGGUCUCUGGUUGACACGGUACAAUGCCACAGAAAUGAUGGGAUCAACAACAUUCCAGGUUUCUACAAUUGCUGUGAGCGACAUGUCGGGUUUGAUGGCUAAGUUCGCAGCUUCUAGUUUGAGUUGUAUUAUAUCGUUUUAAUCAAUUUUUAUUAAUUAAUGAAGAUAAUAAAUACCUGUUUAAGGUAGAUGCUUCACAAGAAUAUCACAAUAUAAAGUCUGAUACUGUUUUUGUUUCUCCUUGUAUGAUGGUUAUGUUAACAUCCGGCCUGGGUUUGUAUACAAUAUGCUGUUGCAAUAGACGGUGAUUGGAGUUAUCCAUAAUGUGUUUAUUCCCCACAAAAGUGGAAGCAUGUAGUAGGACUACACAGUAGAUGUUUUAAUUUUUUGAGGAAUAAAUAACUUUUUAUCC